GGAGGAGGAGGAGGAGGAGACGAGGCGGAGGAUUUGGUGACAGUGGAAGCCCCGCCCGCUGCCUGGGCAGGGGGGCUGUCCUGCGGCCCCCCCACCUUCGAAGGAGCUGGACUGGCUUUCUUUCUCUCCCCCUACCCAAUCCUCUCCUUCUCCCCCUCACACGUACACGCAAGCACACACACACCCCCUCGCUCACACACGCACGCACGCAGAGCGAGUCUCCGGCGCUCGCUCAGGCAGACAGACAGGGAGACAGAAGAUGGCUGACUCGCCCGGGCAACCCACAGUCCAGCCCGCCCGCAUCCCCGACCCUCCCAGCGCCGCUUUCUCCUCUGACACUCGCUGACGCCUUCGUCCAGCGCGGAAAGCGGCCACCCCCCCUUUCCUCCCUUUCCACGACCUCUCCCCCUCCCCAAACCUUUCCCCAAAUAAUACCAGCAGCCAUUUCAUCUCCAAGAAGGAGGUAUAUCCCCGCACACAACGCACACAUACAUCCACACAAAAAUGGCAGAAAUGGAGAAAGAAGGGAGACCUCCCGAAAAUAAAAGAAGCAGAAAACCGGCUCACCCCGUGAAAAGGGAAAUCAAUGAGGAGAUGAAGAACUUUGCAGAAAACACCAUGAAUGAGCUCCUUGGCUGGUAUGGUUAUGAUAAGGUAGAACUGAAAGAUGGAGAAGAUAUAGAAUUCAGGAACUACCCCACAGAUGGGGAAAGCCGACAAUACAUUUCUGUUCUCAAAGAAAACUCUUUGCCAAAAACAAAAUUACCUGAAGACAGUGUUAUUUCAUCUUACAAUAUAAAUGCAAGCUAUCCAGGGCUUACCACAGGAAAUGGACUCUCAGAAUCACCAGCAGGGUCAAAGGAGCAUGGCAAUGUUCCCAUUAUUGUACCAUUAAUUCCACCACCUUUCAUAAAGCCACCAGCAGAAGAUGAUGUGUCAAAUGUACAAAUAAUGUGUGCCUGGUGCCAGAAAGUGGGAAUCAAACGCUAUUCUCUGAGUAUGGGAAGUGAAGUGAAAUGUUUCUGCAGUGAGAAGUGCUUUGCGGCUUGCCGAAGAGCAUACUUCAAAAGGAACAAGGAAUGGCUUGCAGACUGUUUCCUCCGGAGCGAUAGGAAGGGAGUCCGGAGCCUGCGGCAACAGUGGAACGCUAGAGAUGAAGAUGGACAUGCUGAAAAUUUUCCCCAGCAGCACUAUGCUAAGGAAACUCCAAGACUUGCCUUCAAGAAUAACUGCGAACUACUUGUAAGAAUAACGUACUUACAACAAGUCUAGAUUGUUACUUUAGCACAGUGAAAACAGUGUUUGGAAAG